CUCCAUCAUUCUAUAUACUUAUUCAAACAUGGCUCUCUUCUCAUAUUCUAAGAUAUUUUUUAUUGCAUUUUCCAUGUCUUUAUUUGCUUAUUCUUCUUUUGCUCGAGAUUUCUCUAUAGUGGGCUAUUCCCCAGAUGACUUGACUUCCAAUGAUAGACUCAUUGAUCUCUUCGAGUCUUGGAUGUCAAAAUUCGAAAAGGUUUACGAGAGUCUUGAGGAAAAACUAAAGAGAUUUGAUAUUUUUAAGGAUAAUUUGAAGCACAUAGACGAGACAAACAAGAAGGUUAAAAACUACUGGCUUGGGUUGAAUGAAUUUGCAGAUUUGAGCCAUGAAGAAUUCAAGAAGAUGUAUUUGGGCUUGAAGAAGACUGACUUGCCUAGAAGAAGAGAGUCGUCACUUGAAGAAUUUAGUUAUAAAGAUGUUAUGGAUUUGCCCAAGUCAGUCGACUGGAGAAAGAAAGGAGCUGUUACUAACGUCAAAAACCAAGGCUCAUGCGGUAGCUGUUGGGCAUUUUCAACGGUUGCUGCAGUAGAGGGUAUAAACCAAAUUGUUACAGGGAAUUUGACUUCAUUGUCUGAGCAAGAGCUGAUCGAUUGUGACAAUAACUUCAACAAUGGUUGCAAUGGAGGACUGAUGGAUUACGCAUUUGCCUACAUUGUUUCAAGUAGGGGACUCCACAAGGAAGCAGACUAUCCAUACAUAAUGGAGGAAGGCACUUGCAAAAUGAAUAGGGGAGAAUCGAAGUUGGUAACCAUAAGUGGCUACCAUGACGUGCCACAGAACAAUGAAAUGAGCCUAUUGAAGGCACUUGCAAACCAGCCUAUCAGCGUUGCUAUUGAGGCUUCUGGAAAAGACUUUCAAUUUUACAAAGGGGGUGUUUUCGAUGGGCAUUGUGGAACCGAUCUAGACCACGGAGUAGCAGCCGUUGGUUAUGGAUCAACCACAGGCUUGGACUAUAUCAUUGUGAAGAAUUCAUGGGGAGCAAAAUGGGGUGAAAAAGGCUAUAUAAGGAUGAAAAGGAACAGUGGAAAGGCAGAAGGGCUGUGUGGAAUCAACAAAAUGGCUUCCUAUCCAACUAAAAACAAGUGAAAACAAGGCACAGGCUGUGUCUAAUAAUUCCUUCUGGUGUUUUUAUUAAUACAUAAAUGGUCAUGUGAUUUAAAUAUAAUUUCAUGAAGGUUUCUAAUUGAAUUGUCAGGCAAAGUUUCUUUCUUUCGAGCUCGUGUCGUGAUCCAUUUGCGAAGAAUAUUAUAUAAUAUACUUUGGAUCAUUAUAUAAGA